AUGACCGAAUUCAAGACGACCUGUGAGGCUUGCCCAGCCGCUCGGACACUCUUUGUCCUGGCUUCCGGCUUGUUGGCAGCGGACUCGGAAGCUUUCUACGGCUUGAUGACUUGUGCCCCUCCUGUCAAUGGCCACUUUACAAUGGCUCCUCAUGCCAACUGCCGUCUGAACUGUCGCAUCGAAGGGAAGAAACUCGAAGAAGAGACUCUUUCGAACAACGACCCUUCGGUCUUCUAUCCCGCUCGCAUUGGCAAAGUCCUCACAUCCAAAUAUGGGGUUGUGGGUAAGCUGGGCUUUGGAGCCAAAUCCACGGGUUGGCUAGCUCUCGACAUACAGUCUGCAUUAGGGUCCCUGAUAUCAAUGCGAUUGUAA